UUGACAACGUUUACAUUGAUAGGUUAUAUACUGCAAUAUUUUGAUAUUAAAAUCUAUUGAAAAUGUCCGAGAAUAAAAUGACUCCGGAAUUUGAAUUCUGUGUACCUACAAAGAGAAUUAAAGUGCCUGAUGAUAUGGUCUUGUGGGAAAAUUCUAUGGGGUACCAAGAAUACAUGGGAUUCAUUUUAGCUAUAAAUGAGGCGGUCAAGGGAAAAUCUUUGAAGUAUGAAAUUGAUGAACCAUCUGAUGUCAUCAAUAAAUUGGUUGCUGUUCUUGAUAAACUCAUUGAAAUUAUAGUCGAAACACCAGCAAUAAAUCAACCACAAAGGUUUGGAAACCAAGCCUUCCGCAUUUGGUUGGAAAAAGUGAAGCAGCAAUCUUUUAAUUUGAUUAAAAGUGUUCUUCCUGAACAUUUGCACAGGAGUUUAGCAGAAAUCUUGGCUUACUUCAUGGAGUCUUUUGGAAAUUCUGUGAGGAUUGAUUAUGGAACAGGACAUGAAAUUAGUUUCAUCAUGUUUCUAUGCUGUCUGUUCAAAAUGGGUGCCUUAAACGAUGAUGAUAAAAUCUAUGUAGCCAACAAAGUUUUUCACAAAUAUUUGGACUUGGUGCGCAAUUUACAACAGACUUAUAGGAUGGAACCUGCUGGAAGUCAUGGUGUAUGGAGUUUAGAUGAUUAUCAAUUUGUCCCAUUCAUUUGGGGCAGCUCCCAGCUCAUAGGGCAUCCAGUGUUUGAACCCUGCUCCUUCUUGGAACCCCUUGUUGUAGAAUCUUUCUCUGACGAAUACAUGUUCUUGGGAUGCAUGAAAUACAUAAAUGCAGUAAAAACUGGACCAUUUGCAGAGCACUCCAAUCAGCUGUGGAGUAUCAGUGGGGUAGCCAGUUGGGCUAAGAUUAACAGUGGCCUUGUGAAAAUGUACAAAGCUGAGGUGCUUGGUAAAUUUCCGGUCGUCCAACAUAUAUUAUUUGGAUCUAUGUUACCAUUGACACCGUUCGUUAAGGAACCAUCCAAUAGAAUAGGAGCUGGCUUCAUGGGAAUGACGAAACCUCCCGAGCAGUCUGACGUACACAUUUCCAAAAUGAAUUAAAUUUUGUUUUACAAUUUUGUUUGCGUUGCUUUAUUUA